CGGGACUCAUGAUGCAGCGGCGGCAAAUUCGGCCUAGCCAUUGAGAACUGCCUCAUGGGUCUCCACCGCCCAAAAAAAAAAAGUCCGUUGCCGCGCGCCGCACGAAUACGUUGAAACUCCAUGCCACGGGCCCUGCCUCCUCCUCGUGGGGGCGGUGCUUAGUUCGCCGCCGCCUAUGCCUCUUCCCGCUGACAAAAAUGGAAACUAAGUGACGCCUGAGGUUGAACCAAUGAGCCGUUGCCCUGCAUGCCAGUAGGGAGCCUUUUCUAAAUAUUGGAAAAGAUUAGGCCGAUAGCCAAGACUCGCAGUGGACAGUCGACGAAUAUAUCCACUACAUAAUGCGUACCGCUCCUCGGCUCAUCUACACCCCUUUGUCUUUGUCUUCUUCAUUCCCUCAGACACCAGCUUAGCAUUCCAUCAAACACCAGCUUGACGCCGAAGCAAAAACCAACAAACAUCGCCAGCCAUGGCCACGCCUACUCCCACUCCCACCCACCAGCAGACCCACUACACGCCGCGCAACACCGAGACAGUGCUCGACAUCGCGGCCGACGUGAUCCGGCUGCUGCGGGCGGCGGGCGAAACGGUCGGCGUGGGCGAGUCGCUCACAGCGGGCGGCGUCAUGGCGGCGCUGACGUCGGUGCCGGGAGCCAGCGCGGCGUUCCGCGGCGGCGUCGUGUCGUACGCCACGUCUCUCAAGCGGCUGCUGCUGGGGGUCGACGCGGCGCUGAUCGCGCGCGAAGGGGUCGUGCACAGCGACGUGGCGGCCCAGAUGGCCGAGGGCGCGCGGCGGUCGACCAGCUUCGACGGCGUCGCGACGACGUGGGGUCUCGGCACCACGGGCGUGGCUGGCCCCGACCCGCAGGACGGUAAGCCGCCCGGCACCGUCUUCGUCGGCAUCGCCCACCAGGGCGCCAGCCAGGCCUGGGGACCCUUCAGCUUCCCCGGGUCGAGAGAGCGCGUGCGCGAGGCGACAGUCAUGGAGGCCUUGGCUAGGUUGAGGGACGCACUGGUUGCGAGGAGCGUGGCGAUCCUCGAGGUCGCGUGAUGGUCGUGUUGGUGUUGCUGCCUGUCUUUCUUUUACCUCAGCACAUGCUGGAAGCUGCGGCCGUGGCCGUGGCUGGGUACUGGGCGCUGGCGCUCAAGGUCUCCAUCUGGCGGGUUCGAUGGAUUUUCCCAACUUGUGUAGCAUGGCCAUUCGCUUUUGCAAGUCUGAUGCUGGCUUCAGGAUCUGUUGAAUUUAAGUAUUCAUGUACAUAAUUUAUAGUGGAAGCUGGGCAGGCCACAGAACAUUAUUUUACGGCAGUGCCAGCUUUGGAACAUUAAACUACCUCGGGUCCAGGUACUACCUUCCCGGGCUUCCUCAUA